AUGGCGGCCCUCUUCAAACACGUUUUGGGAGCGGGGAUGACAUCUUCGUCGUUGUGUAGGAGUCCAGCGUUCUGCUUUUCUACAAAGUCGCACUUGGUAACGAAGUAUAACCUUGCAUUUCAAAAGAAAAACUACAAAUAUGUUCUUGAUGAGAAAUUAGCGUUCAGAAUUGCUCAAAGUCUUGGAAGGUUAGAAGAUGAUGUUAUCAUAGAGACCAAUCCUGGCCCAGGGGUUCUUACGAAAGCGCUCUUUGAAGUCGGGGCGACUCAUGUUAUUGGACUUGAACCAGAAAGAAAAUUCCAUCCGGCUUUGUGGGAUAUCCAAGCGGAAAAUACCGCUAAGAAAAGGUUUGAUCUGCUUCAUGGAGAUUUCAGUAAAAUUGACCCUCAUGAAGGAUCUGAUAGAGCAGGGGCUUUUUGUUCUCCCCCGGCUAUUUCUUCGGAAGAUGUUUUGAGCACUGUGGAGUCUAAACCUUGGACAUCCGAUCAGUUGGCUGCAAGAUUUGUGGGUAUUGAAUCAGCGACAAACCCCACAGUUCUUCCUAGAGUUUUGAUUGGACAGUUGAGUAAAAUGGUGGCAGGGAAGGGGAUCUUCCAGAAGGGAAGGUGUGAGCUUGCAUUUUUCUAUGCUGAAGAUAGAGCACAAAAACUCACUGCUGAGUAUGGUAGCAAAUAUUUUAACAGAAUUUCCAUCAUGGUGUCUCUGUUUUGUGAUGUUAAAGUUUUACUGUGUGAACCUUGUUCAAAUUUUUAUCCAGUACGUGGAAAAGAAAGAAACAGAUUUCUUAAUUUAAUGAGCCUUGUACCUAAGAAGAUUCCCGCUGUUGAUAUUUCCAGUGACAAUUUACAUUACCUGAACUAUUUUAUACGACUUUUGUUGGUCAAACCACAGCGCAGAGUUAUUGAGGCUAUUGAAAGUAUCAGCCCUGGAAGUCAUGUGUUAUUAGAUGAGUUACAGUGGCCCUAUGAUACAACUGCAAGAGACUUACAUCCUGAAGAUAUUGGCAAACUGGCAAGUGCUUUCUUUAAGUGGGAAGGAAAGUCACUUAAUUUCUACUAUGAUUCAGGAUGCAAUGAUCAGUUAGAAGGUUUAAAAUUUAUUUAA